AUGCCGGCGGCGACGGCGAUAUCGCCCUCUCAGGGAGCCUCCGCCGCCCGGCGCCCGACCAACCCCCUCCACCGCGCCGCCUCCUCCCCCUCCCCCUCCUGCUUCAAGCCCCCGCAGCCGAGGCGGCGGCCGCUGCCCCGAGGCGCCGCCUCCGCCUCCGCCGGACUCCCCGCCGCCCGCUGCAAGGCCACCGGGCCCUCCGCCGCCGACCACGUGGGCGAUGUGGAGGAGCAGACAUGGGACGAGGUCGUCCUGGGGUGUGAGACAGCGGUGCUGGUCGCGUUCUGGGCGCCAUGGUGCGGCCCCUGCCGCCUGAUGCACCCCAUCAUCGCAGACCUGGCCAAGGCCUAUGCCGGCAAGCUGAGAUGUCUGAGGGUGAACACGGACGAGAACCAGGAGGUGGCCUCGAGGUAUGGCAUCAGGAGCAUCCCCACCAUCCUCAUCUUCAAGGACGGCGAGAGAAAGGAAACAGUUAUCGGUGCCAUUGCAGACACGGCAUUGGCCGCCACAGUCGACAGGUUCUUGUGA